AGCUCGUUUAGAACAGAUUGACCCACCUAUCCAUGAUCGAAGUUUGUUAAAAGUAAGUAGUAACCCUCCAACAGAUGUUCAUUCCAAAUACUUUACAAUUAAAUCGGCUCAAAAUCUUUUUUCAGGAAGAAACCCUGUUCCUGUAACUACCAAAAUUUUUCACUUUAGUGACGAUGUGCUUAAGAGGUUACGUGAUUAUUAUUCUGUUGGUACUUCUAAUGAAAAUUGGAUUUCAACAAAUGAUGCACUUGUAGCUCACCUUUGGAGAACAUGCACUAGAGCUCGAAAUCUUGAUUUAAAUACUGAAGUAUCGUCACCACAAAUUCGAAAGGCCGUUACAGAUGUGAAUGAAAGCCAUGUUCGAUCCAUAACUGUUUGGGUUGAACAACAACCAGAUAAAUCAUUAAUUCAGGUUACUGCUGGGUAUGAUGGCAAAUAUUUUGGAGGAUCUAGUUGGGCAAAAUUUCAAAAACAUGAUUUAAUAGAUUUUGGCGAUGGAACUCCUAUAAAACAGAGACGUCCGGGAAAAACUCCUGAUCUUGAUGGGUUAUUUAUGAUACUUGGUGCUGAGGAUGGAGUAGAUGUUUACCUUACUUUGCAAAUUGAAAAAUUGGAAAUCUUAGAACAGGAUUCUGAAUUUAAGAAAUUUAUUAUUCCAUAA